AUGGUCAACCCGAAUCUGCCACCGCCUCCUCAGGGGUCGUACUACCCACUGGACUCUGACGCCAAUUCGCCUUAUAACCCGUUCAACUCGGAGACUCAUAGUUUAGCAUCAGAUAUGUCGGAAAAUGUUCUCCACAGCGGAUCGGGCGGGUCGAGUGCGAAUCUGGCACUCAACUCGUCAUCGUCGCGAGCCGCUCCUCAACAGGUGAUUCGUGACUAUGGUGACGAGUACGACGACGAGUAUGACGAGUCAAAUGGUGGCGCGAAUCGCGGUAUUACCCAGAAUUAUAAUACACCUCCAGCAGUGCCUCCUCAUCGUCCUAUGGCUACUGCCAAUUCUACAGGCAGUAGUUCAUCGUCGUCGCAGGGAUAUCCCACAGGAAACGGCACGGGAUCUAAUAACGGCUACCACCAGCCUCCACACAAUGGCAUGGGUGCUACACCUUUGUCACGAAACUCUUCGGGCUCGUUUAUUGCAAUGGGCUCGUCGGAAUUCGACCGAUAUCCACAUAGAAUUUCGUCUGCCGCUCCGUCUAUAAACUCGGCAUCGGGAGCUCCUUUACUUCGUCAACAGUAUGGAGGAGUUGGACCGGCAGGUUCAUUACAUCCACAAUCGGCUGGACACUACGGUCCAGGAAUGCGCAAUUCGACCAUGUCAGACCGAUCAGGGUCGUCGGAAACUUCGUCUAUGGAACACGAUUAUUCUGGUAAUAAUCCGUUUGUAGUGAAUGCGGAUUUCUCGCCUUUUGGAGGCUAUCCAGCCAGUUCGUUUCCUCUUCAUCUCGACGAAAAAGAAGCCGAUGACUAUCUCCACAAUCCAGACCCCAUUCUCGAUGAAAAAUAUAAUAGAAAGUGCCAGAAAAUGGACAAACGAGGCUGGGGAUCGGUCGGUGGUCUGCUGUGUCUGUUGAUUGGAGGUAUUUGUUUGUUUAUUGUAUAUCCAGUAUUGACAUAUUCCGGAGUCAGUAUUCAAAAACCAGCAGUUACAACCCAAGUUUUCGAGGUGUUGACGAAUUAUGAAUAUUCACAUUUGCAGGCACUUCGAACUAAUCUGGUUGAUAAAGAUACUCCACAGGAUGCCAUGACACGAACAGCUAAAGAUGGCAGUCAAUGGCAACUGGUGUUUUCUGACGAGUUUAAUGUGGAAGGACGGACGUUUUAUGAUGGAGACGACCAGUUCUGGACUGCUCCCGACUUUAACUAUGCUGCUACUCAGGAUCUUGAAUGGUAUAGUCCCGAUGCUGCUACUACUGCUAAUGGAACUCUUGUGAUUACACUUGACGCAUUCAAGAACCACAAUCUGUUUUACCGUUCGGGAAUGUUACAAUCAUGGAAUAAGUUUUGUUUCACUCAAGGUAUGCUUGAAGUGUCGGUACUGUUACCAGGUCAUGGAACCACUCCUGGUUUAUGGCCCGGUGUAUGGACUCUGGGUAAUUUGGCUAGAGCUGGUUAUUCCGCUACUUCAGAAGGAGUCUGGCCUUAUGGAUAUAACUCAUGUGAUGCAGGCAUCACUCCUAAUCAAUCGUCGACCGACGGAAUCUCAUAUUUACCAGGUCAACGGUUGAACUCGUGUACAUGUCCUGGACACGACCAUCCUAAUGAAGGAACCGGUCGUGGAGCUCCUGAAAUCGAUGCUAUUGAAGGUACGGUUGUCAGUAACCCUGAUAACGGAGUGGCGUCUCAGUCGUUACAAUUGGCUCCUUUUGAUAUCUGGUACAUGCCCAAUUACGACUUUAUUGAGAUCCAUAACAAGUCCAUUACUGCCAUGAACACGUAUGCCGGAGGUCCUUUCCAACAAGCCAUUUCCGGUACCACCAUGUUGAACACAGAUUGGUAUGAGUUUGGCGGUGCUAACAACUAUCAAUCGUACGGAUUCGAGUAUCUCAACGACGAUGUCAAUGGAUAUAUUCGUUGGUAUGUGGGUCAUACUCCUACAUAUACACUUUACGCACCGGCCAUUGGACCCAAUGGUAAUGUGGGAGCACGACAGAUCAGUAAAGAGCCUAUGUCCAUUAUCCUCAAUCUGGGUAUCUCCAACUCAUGGACCUAUAUCGCUUGGAACGAUCUUGUGUGGCCCAGUCACAUGCGUAUUGAUUAUGUGCGCCUGUACCAACCUUCGGACCAAGUCUCACUGACUUGCGACCCACCAGACUACCCGACCUACGACUACAUCCAGGACCAUCUCAACGCCUACUCCAACCCCAACCUGACCUCAUGGAACAUGGCCGGCUACGCAUUCCCUCCCAACAAACUCACCGGCAACUGUUAA